AUGGCCAACAAGGAUUACUACAGCGGUCAGCAACAACAAUACUACCCACCCCAAGGUCCACCACCAGGACAGGGGGGUUACUAUCCCCAACAACCCCAACAAUCGUACGGAGGCCAGCCUUACGGUCAAUCUUAUGGCGGCGGACCUGGUUACCAACCUCAACCGCCACCGCAGACAGUCUAUGUACAACAACCUGCUCAGUCCAGUGGUGCUGGUGGAGGCGCUGGCUGCCUGGCUUGUCUCGCUGGUGCAUGUCUUUGCUGCUGUGCUGAGGAGGCACUUUGCGACUGUCUAUUGUAA